AGCUCUCUCUCUCUCUCUCUCUCUCUCUCUCUCUCUCUCUAAGAGUCACGGAGGGUGUCACGGAGGUGUCAUUCUCCCCGUGACAGUGGCACCACAAAAAAAAAAACAAUUUCACGUUCCAUUUCUGCUCACGAAAGGACAGUCUUCCCUCGAGAAAUAUCAGGAGUCAACUCCAACACGGCCACACCAAUCCCACAAACACACACCCAAAAAUCUCUCUUUUUCCUCUCAUUUUUCAUUCCCCACCACAUCAAACAAACCAAAAAAAAAAAAAAAAGGAAGGAAAAAAUCUUCCUAGAAAGCGUCUCGCAUUUGCCAUGCGCUUUUUGGCGCUUCCAACCCAACAAAGAGACGCCCAUUUUUUCAGAUUUUUUUCAUAUCUUGUCCUCUGUUAUUAUUGUUUCUUCUCCAUAAAAGCGCCUUUCUUAUUGGUGGAGCAAAGUUGAAUUUCAGUCUAUACUGGGUUUUGUUCGUUUCUUGUUGAAUUUGAAGGUCGCAUCUAGGUCCUGUGCAAAAAGAGGAUUUUUUUUUUCUAUAUUGAGAACAUUUGAUCUGGGUCUGAUCCAUAUUCAAGUAAAAUGACCAACUUGGGGUUGUUUUCUGGGGCAAAACCUAUCAAGUCUGUGAUUGUGAGGUUCAGAUUGCCGUAUUACACGCAAUGGGGUCAGAACCUCCUGGUUUGUGGCUCUGAACCAGUUCUUGGUGCUUGGAAUGUGAAGAAAGGUCUGUUACUGAGCCCUGUUCAUCAAGGUAAUGAGCUCAUAUGGAGUGGGACUAUUUCGGUUCCGACCGGGUUCGAAUCAGAGUACAGUUAUUAUGUGGUGGACGGUGAGAAAAAUGUGCUGAGAUGGGAGAUGGGGAAGAAGCGCAAAUUGUCAUUGCCUGAGGGAAUUCAAGAUGGAGUGUUGGUAGAGUUACAUGAUCUUUGGCAGACCGGUGAUGAUACGCUUCCUUUCAGAAGUGCCUUCAAAGAUGUCAUAUUCCGCAGAAGUUGCAAUUUGAAGAUAGAGAGGCCUCUUGCAGUAACUGAAAAUAAGUUGGGCCAUGAACAUUCAGUACUUGUCCAUUUCAAGAUCUGCUGUCCAAACAUAGAAGAGGACACAUCAAUUUAUGUUUUUGGUAGCUCCACCAAACUGGGGAAAUGGAAGGCUCAAGAUGGUCUUAAACUAAGCUAUGCUGGUGAUUCCAUCUGGCAUGCGGACUGCGUGUUGCCAAAGACUGACUUUCCAAUUAAAUAUAAAUACAGUAAAUACAGAAAUGCAGAAAGCUUUUCUUUGGAAACUGGUCCUACUCGAGACCUCUCUCUUGGAUCCUCAAACACUCAACCAAGAUACAUUGUUCUCUCUGAUGGCAUGUUGCGAGAAACGCCUUGGCGGGGUGCUGGUGUUUCUAUCCCCAUGUUCUCUGUUAGGUCAGAAAGUGAUCUUGGAGUUGGAGAGUUUCUUGACCUAAAGUUACUUGUUGACUGGGCUGUUCAGUCAGGGUUCCAUCUAGUGCAACUCUUACCGAUCAAUGAUACGUCAGUUCAUAAGAUGUGGUGGGAUUCAUAUCCCUACAGUUCACUUUCUGUGUGUGCAUUGCAUCCUUUGUACUUGAGAGUACAGGCCCUUUCAGAGAAGAUACCUCAGGAUAUCAAGGAAGAGAUUGAGAAGGCAAAAGAACAACUAGAUGGAAAGGAUGUCGAUUAUGAAGCUACCAUGACUACUAAACUUUCAAUUGCCAAGAAAAUAUUUGCACUAGAGAAAGAUUUGAUCCUUAACUCCAGUUCCUUUCAAGAAUAUUUUUCUGAGAAUGAGGAUUGGCUAAAACCAUAUGCAGCAUUCUGUUUUUUGCGCGAUUUCUUUGAAACGUCAGAUCACAGCCAAUGGGGCCGCUUUUCUCAUUAUUCAAAAGAAAAGCUAGAGAAACUUAUCUCCAAAGAUAGCUUGCACUCUGAAGUUAUCUGCUUCCAUUACUACAUCCAAUACCAUUUGCACAUACAAUUGUCGGAAGCUGCAAAUUAUGCGAGAGAGCAAGGAGUCAUAUUGAAAGGCGACCUACCUAUUGGUGUCGACAGAAACAGUGUAGAUACCUGGGUUUAUCCUAAUUUGUUCCGCAUGAACACGUCCACAGGAGCUCCUCCAGAUUACUUUGACAAAAAUGGGCAGAAUUGGGGAUUUCCUACUUACAAUUGGGAGGAAAUGUCAAAAGAUAACUAUGCUUGGUGGCGAGCUCGUUUAUCGCAGAUGGCCAAAUACUUUACAGCAUAUAGAAUUGAUCAUAUAUUGGGCUUCUUUCGGAUUUGGGAGCUUCCAGAGCAUGCAAUGACUGGACUAGUAGGAAAAUUCAGACCUUCCAUCCCUUUAAGUCAGGAAGAAUUAGAACGAGAGGGAAUUUGGGACUUUGAUCGCCUAAGCCGGCCAUAUGUUCUGCAGCAAUUCUUACAGGAUAAGUUUGGAAUCUCUUGGUCUUUUAUUGCUUCAAAUUUUCUGAAUGAAUAUCAGAAGAACCAAUAUGAGUUCAAGGAGGACUGCAACACAGAAAAAAAAAUUGCAUCCAAGCUGAAAUCGCUUUCUGAAAAUUCUUUGUUAGAUAAUGAAGACAAGAUACGGCGCGAUCUUUUUGAUCUUCUACGGAAUAUAGUUCUUAUUAGAGAUCCAGAAGAUCCAAAGAAAUUCUACCCUCGCUUUAAUCUGGAAGAUACUUCCAGUUUCCAAGAUUUGGAUGAUCACAGCAAAAAUGUUCUGAAAAGAUUGUACUAUGACUACUAUUUCCACCGGCAAGAGAAUCUUUGGCGGCAGAAUGCUCUGAAGACUCUUCCUGUUCUGCUAAACUCAUCUGAUAUGCUUGCCUGUGGGGAAGAUCUCGGCCUUAUUCCUUCUUGUGUUCAUCCUGUUAUGCAAGAACUGGGCUUAGUAGGCUUGCGCAUUCAACGCAUGCCUAGUGAACCUGGUUUGGAGUUUGGUAUUCCUUCACAAUACAGCUAUAUGACGGUGUGUGCUCCAUCUUGCCAUGACUGCUCAACCCUGCGUGCUUGGUGGGAGGAAGACGAAGAAAGACGAAGACGGUACUUCAAAACUGUUGUCGGCUCUGACUUGCUGCCGCCUAGUACCUGUGUUCCUGAUGUGGCGUAUUUUGUCAUUAAGCAACAUGUUGAAGCUCCUUCAAUGUGGGCAAUUUUUCCACUUCAGGACUUGUUCGCUUUGAAGGAAAAGUACACAAGACGUCCUGCAACAGAGGAAACAAUCAACGACCCCACGAAUCCAAAGCAUUAUUGGAGAUAUCGUGUGCAUGUGACAUUGGAGUCUUUGAUCAAGGAUAACGAGCUGGUAACCACCAUUAAAGAUCUUGUACAAGAUAGUGGACGGGCAUAUCCCGUGGGGCAAUCCGUAGCUCAAGCGAAGCGGGAAGCAGCAGUUCCUGCCACCGAGAAGCAACAAAUUGUGAAUGGCAAGGAAAAGAUCUCUCUAGGAACACAGAAAGAGCCUGUCGCCGUUCUCUGAGAAUUUCUUGGUGAAUUAUGUUUCCUUCCACUACUAGACCUUGGUAGUCUGAAUUCAACCAAAGAGUUUACUGAAAUCAAUAUUUCUUUCGACAAGCACGCAACAAAUAAAAGGUGUAAUAAAAAUUGGGAAAAAGGAAGAUAAAAUCUCAUGAAAUGAAUAAUGGCUGCCAUGCAAGUCAUGUUAUUUUAGCAUCAAUGCUUUCCGAUAAUGAAGAAAUCUUAUGGAUUUCUUGCCAUAAGUACAAGUGCAACUUCGUCUCUUUGUUAGGAUCGCUGCUACUUUUGUGUUGCAUAGUUUAACAAUUUGUUUUGUUGGAUAUAUUAUUAGAUCGCGGAUGAGAGCUUCUGUUGCGAGCAAAUGUAUUUUUACUGGUAUUAAAUCUGGGAAACUUUACAAUUAUACCAUUACAGUUUCAAGUGUAGUAU